UAUACUCUCCUUAUGAAACCCAACGGAUAUUCGCAACCCUACCCUCCGAAUAUUCUCCGCUUCCCGUUAUAUUCUCCCCUUCUCCCUCACCUGCUUCCCCUCCCCACUCUCACACAUACCCCCUCCAUUUGCUCUUUUUGCCUCGCUUUCUUUCUCAUUUUCUGACCAACCAAACAGCCCCCUUAGAUAAAAAAAACAAAGUGUUUUGCCAUGAAAUUUGGAAAGAGCCUCAGUAACCAGAUCGAGGAGACUUUGCCUGAAUGGCGGGACAAGUUUCUUUCUUACAAGGAGCUUAAAAAAAAACUGAAGCUUAUUGAGCCGAAGUCCGGUGAGAGGCCGAAUAAACGGCCUAGAUUGGAUGAAAAUCUUGGUGAUGUUGUCGAUGCCGGAGAUAAGGUCGGUGAAGGCAUGUCGAGAGAGGAGAGCGAUUUCAUUAAGCUUUUGGAAGAUGAGCUCGAGAAAUUCAACACGUUUUUUGUUGAGAAAGAGGAAGAAUACAUCAUUAGAUUGAAGGAAUUACAAGACAGUGUGGCGGAGGCGAAGGCUUCUAAUGAAGAGUUGACCAACAUUAGGAAAGAGAUAGUGGACUUCCAUGGAGAGAUGGUUUUGUUAGAGAAUUAUAGCGCCCUUAACUACACAGGAUUGGUGAAAAUACUGAAGAAGUAUGACAAAAGAACUGGGGCUUUGAUCCGUUUGCCUUUCAUCCAAAGGGUCUUGCAACAGCCCUUUUUCACUACAGACUUGCUUUAUAAGCUUGUAAAGGAGUGUGAGGCAAUGCUAGAUCGUCUCUUCCCCAAGAAUGAAAAGCCAGCUUCAACUGAAGCAAAGAACGGGGAUGAUAGCAGGGAUGGAGAGGAUGAUGGGUGUGAUCCUUCAACGUCCUCUACUUCUAAGAGUGAAGAUCUGCUCAGAAUGCCCAAAGAGCUGGCAGAGAUAGAGUACAUGGAGAGCCUUUAUAUGAAAAGCAGUAUAUCAGCAUUGCGUGUUUUGAAGGAAAUUCGGAGCGGAAGCUCAACUGUUAGCGUUUUUUCAUUGCCUCCAUUGCAAAUAAGCGGGUUGGACAAGACGUGGAAAAAGAUUCCUGUUCUCGAACAAGCAGCUAAAUAGAUUGAAUUUUGUAAUAAUGGAAUUGUACUAGUCUGCCCCGUGUUAUUUUGUUUCGUUCUUUUACAUUUACAUUCCAUGGUACGAUAAUGCAAAUCUUAGAUACUAACACCUGUAAAUGCUAUAUUGAAGAUACAGCGAAUUAGUAUAAGCAUAAAUUUUUGUUUAUUAAUAUCAAUGGGCUCUUUUUCUUCA